GGGAAAGGAGUCGAAGUAUACAAGUUCAAAAUUGACAUUCCUGGAAAUUUCAAAUUAUGGGAAAGCAAAGGAGGACUGGCAUUCUAUGUUCAUCAUCAGACUGAUGUAUGCUACUACAGGGUUUCAUUUCUCAGAUUACGUACAAUCUACAUUAAUGGUGUGUGCAUCAUUCAAGGGCUGGAAGAAGACCACCAUUGGUGGAAGUUGUGUGGUAAUGUGUGGUUGCACUAUAUUCCAUCCAAUACAACAAUAAGACGGCUCAGCGAGGCUGGCACUGGCUUAACGCCAUGUUCCAAUAGCUUUCUUUUUAACUUUGAGUUUGAAUAUGGUAUUGCAAGUGUCAAGUACACAGGGAUGGGGAGCUUCGGGGUUCAUGUAGUAAAUCCAAUUCAGAGUUUUACGAUGAAGGCGUAUCAAUAACUUGUGCAUAAUGGUUUCCUUGAAUCUCAUGGGUCUAGUUUUGAUCCCUGCCUUCAACCGGUGAUAUGUGUGGUGGUACGGGAAAAUGGAAAUCUCUCAACAGAAAACGAGCUAAAGAUGUGUAUGAGUUUACAGAAUGUCCAAAUUGUUAUGGUCUUGGGAAACUCGUUUGCCCCGUAUGUUUAGGGACUGGUGUACCAAACAACAAAGAUCUUCUCAGGAGGCCUGAUGCAAAGCAGCUACUUGAGAAGAUGUACAAUGGUCGGCUAGUGCCAAAUUCUUAACAGAAGCCAUCCAACAACACCGGCGAGUGAUCCUCCACAGAAGGGUUCAUUUUUUUCGGCAAUGUGACCGUUAGUUUCUAGUUCACACCUCACAAUAGUGUUAAUCAAUUAAUUUAGAUUGGAUAUGUAUAGUUAGCUGUAAUUUCCACUACUGUAUUGUGUUGUAAUAGCAGGGCUGCUCUUGCAAACUCUGUGUAAGCUUAUUUUGCCGGUUUCAGUGGUAAUACUUUCUGAAGAUUUUCUGUUGGAGCUGGAGAGUGGUACGUACUGUGAUGCAUAGUGUGUGUAUUGUUCUAGGCUUAAUAUGCUGCAUCAAAGGAAACUCGAAUUUGGUAACAAUAUUUAGGUUCUCAUUUCGUAGAUGCUAGUCUUUUGUUAACUCUAUUUUCUAUACACUAGAUAAACUCAAUAACAAAGAGUGAAAGAGAGCAAUGGGGGUAUGAGUUGUAACUUAAUUUAUCAUCAUCAUCAUUUUUGUUGUGUGUGUGUGUGUGUACUACUGUGUGUUAAAUAGUGUACCCAUUCAUAAAUCACGAAUUUCUGCUUCAUAUGCAGAGUAUACUUGUCCAUUUACAACCUUCAAGUCAAAUAAGUCAUUAUUUUAACAUAUAUGAGGACUGAAUGAAUUGACUAAAACAUGAUGUAUGCAAUCAUCAUGAUUGAAAUUUGUUUCAAACCAGACAUUUUCUUAUACC